ACUUUUGACCGCUUAUUAGCGCCAAUCAAGUAUCGACAUAGCCCCCCCCACCAAGAAUUUCUCUCCACCCCGCCAUCGAAGCAGCCUCCUCAGUCUGGGACAACAACAACUCCACGAUCCCUCAAACCACCAAAAGGAUCUUUUCGUAUAUUCACCAGAAAAGCUCUCUUCAAAUAUGGUUUCUGCAUCGAAGGCUGCGCGUGACGCCAAGAGAGCCGCCGAGGGAAAGGCGCCCAAGAAGACCGCUGCCUCCCGCGCCAAGGGAAAGGAUUCCGAAAAUGCAUCGGGAGCCUCCUCAGUAGCUGGGGACGAGACGCCGCCUAGCACCAAGAGACAAGAUGAGAUCAAGAGACUUGCUGACCAGAUGGACAAGCAUGGCCUGUCGGAUCGUGUCACAACUGGUGUCCUGUCGUCGCUGAAGGCGUCGAGGGAUGUCAAGAUUACGUCCGUCUCGCUUGUUUUCCACGGUCGUGUCUUGAUCCAGGAUGCCACUCUGGAGCUGACAUAUGGCCGUCGUUACGGUCUGUUGGGAGAGAACGGCUGCGGAAAGUCGACCUUCUUGAAGUCUCUCGACAAGCGCGAGUUCCCUAUCCCAGAAUUUAUCGAUAUCUAUCUGCUCAACGAAGGUGCUCCCCCAAGCGAAUUGGGUGCACUCGAGUGGGUCGUGACCGAGGCCGAGAAUGAGAUGGAAAGACUUGACAAAGAGGCCGAAGAGAUUUUGGAGACCGAUGGCCCUGAGAGCCCGCUGCUGAUGGACCUGUACGAGCGUAUGGAGUCGAUGGACCCGAGCACAUUCGAGGUCAGAGCAAGCAUCAUCCUUACUGGUCUUGGUUUCAACAAGGUCACUAUUAAGAAGAAGACCAAGGAUAUGUCUGGUGGAUGGAGAAUGAGAGUUGCGCUGGCCAAGGCUCUGUUCGUGAAGCCGUCGCUGCUGCUUCUCGAUGACCCGACUGCCCAUUUGGAUCUGGAAGCCUGUGUGUGGCUUGAGGAUUAUUUGGCAAAGUGGGAUAGAACCCUCGUAUUGGUUUCCCAUUCCAUGGAUUUCUUGAACGGUGUCUGCACAAACAUGAUCGAUAUGCGCGAUAGGGCCCUCCUGUACUACGGUGGUAACUACGAUUCUUACCACAAGACGAGGGCAGAGCAAGAAGUCAAUCAGAUGAAGGCGUACCACAAGCAACAGGAUGAAAUCAAGCACAUCAAGGCAUUCAUUGCCAGUGCAGGAACAUACGCCAAUCUUGUGCGACAGGCUAAGUCGAGACAAAAGAUUUUGGACAAGAUGGAGGCCGAUGGCUUUAUCCAACCCGUCCAUGAGGACCGUGUCUUCACAUUCCGCUUCGCUGAUGUGGAGAAGCUUCCACCGCCAGUGUUGUCUUUCGACGACGUUACCUUCUCAUACUCCGGAAAUGCCAAGGACAACCUUUACGAGCACCUGGAUCUCGGUACCGAUAUGGACUCCAGAACCGCCCUUGUCGGACCCAACGGUGUUGGCAAGUCCACUCUCCUUAAGCUGAUGACGGGUGCUCUCUCGCCAACUGGCGGACAAGUCUCCAGACACACUCACUUGAAGAUGGGUGUCUACUCCCAGCACUCUUCGGAGCAGCUUGACCUGACCAAGUCCGCGCUGGACUUCGUCCGUGACAAGUAUUCCGAGAAGAGCCAGGAUUACCAGUACUGGAGACAGCAGCUUGGCAAGUACGGCCUGAGCGGAGAGUCCCAGACGGCGCUCAUGGGCACCCUUUCCGAGGGACAGAAGAGUCGUAUUGUAUUCGCUCUGCUUGCCAUCGAUGGCCCCAACAUGUUGUUGCUGGAUGAGCCUACCAACGGUCUGGAUAUCCCAACCAUCGACUCGCUUGCCGAUGCCAUCAACGCCUUCACCGGUGGCUGUGUCGUCGUGUCCCACGACUUCCGUCUUUUGGAUAAGAUCGCCAAGGAGAUCCUGGUGUGCGAGAACAAGACCAUCAACAAAUGGCAGGGCUCGAUUGCCGACUACAAGAACCACCUCCGCAAGAAGAUGAAGGCUGAGGGUACGCUAUAAAGGGAGUGAGUCUGCUACGGGAGUAGGCUGGCUAUAUAGGGGAAGACGCGACACAUGGCAAGGACGGAUUGAUUGAUGAAUGGAUGGAUAGAUAUGCAUAUUGGCAUGUGGGGGGGAAAAGGACAGAUUACUUUAGAAUGCCGUGAUCCGUUUCUACUAGAAAAUGGCGCAGAUGUUUUUGGGUUUUUAUUGUGCCUUGUCUGUGCAGUCUGGGUCAAUUUGGGUCAUCUUGGCCCAACUUGGCUUCACGUUUUAGGGCUUUUUGUGGUGACGUGAAUUUUGUUUUGGUUGUGUGGUGGGAGUUGCUUGCGGCCACUGUAAUUUCAUCGUAGCCGUAGCGUACUCCAAUCUCCUUAUGGUAUGGAU